ACCGAGGGACUGAAGUUUCCUUUAGCUAUCUUUUCCCUGUACUCUCUCGGCUCUGCAGUUUUCUCAAAAUGGGUUUGUGGGAUUCACUUCUCAAUUGGCUCCGCAGCUUAUUCUUCAAGCAGGAAAUGGAACUAUCCCUUGUUGGUCUUCAGAAUGCCGGAAAAACAUCUCUUGUUAAUUCCAUUGCUACAGGGGGCUAUAGUGAAGACAUGAUUCCCACCGUUGGAUUUAACAUGAAAAAAGUUACAAAGGGAAACGUGACGAUAAAACUAUGGGAUCUUGGAGGGCAACGGAGGUUCCGUACCAUGUGGGAACGUUACUGUCGUGGGGUCUCCGCUAUCGUAUAUGUAGUUGAUGCUGCUGAUAGAGACAGUGUUCCAAUAUCCCGAACCGAGUUACACGACCUCUUGACAAAACCUUCCUUGAGUGGAAUUCCUUUACUUGUUCUUGGUAACAAAAUCGAUAAGUCAGAAGCUCUUUCGAAGCAAGCUUUGGUGGAUCAGCUAGGUCUCGGAUCAAUCAGUGAUAGAGAGGUGUGCUGCUACAUGAUUUCAUGCAAAGAUUCCGUAAAUCUGGAUGUCGUCAUUGACUGGCUGAUCAAGCACUCGAGAACUGCCGAAUAAGCAGUGGCUCCGAUGCCUCUCCUGCUUUGUAUCCUUGCAGGUGAAGGAAGGACCAAGCACACAUGUGUACAAGUUGAAAUUCUGGUAAGAUUUUUCAUCGAAUUUCCUUCAAUUUAUGGUUUUGUGUGAUCGAAAUGAGUUUUUCGUGAACUGCUCGAAAGAACUUAGGCCUAGCUCCAAAGAAGUGUGUUGUAUAUAGCAUUGGAACUAUCGAUUAAUGCAUAUUUAGGGGCAUUAAUCUUCUUUAGUGUAUUUUGAAGAUCAUGCUCCCAUACUCUUGUCUGGAAAUGUGUUAGAUAUGUGUGUCGGACACGACGAUUUCAAGAAAAACGAAAAGUUCAAGAAA